GUAACAGGCUACUCCUAGUGGCGUCCAAUUACGACCCCUUCAGUUUAUCGUUGCCAGUGAAAUGGAAUUUGAACUGAAGGUUUUUGGUUGCGACCCACAUUAAAUUCCUGCAAGAUUGCAGAAUACACUUCUCUUUUCGCGUGCUUCUGGUGCGAGUUCGCCACUACGGAUUAACACUAUAGAUUAAAACAAGUACAAGGGGGGCUGGCUUCAUUAAUUUUUACGAUAGUUUCCAGUGCCUUACUAUAAUCCCCGAGUUGACGUAAAGUUGCUGGGUGAGAAAGUGCAGGAUACGUGUGUACAAUUUGGGAAUGGGAGAUCCGAAAUUAAUAACUGCUAAAGGCCAUUUGUGAGAUAUAUCAAUGAGUUUCCUUGCUCCUUUAACUUCUGGAAAGGUUUCCAGCCUUCUCGUCAGCGGUGUUCAUCUGGAAGAGCUGUUCAUAGCCACCUGCUUAAUCGAGUCUAACCGCCGAUCCAGACAAACAAGUUCCCAUGCAUCAAAAGUCUUGUGAUGAGCUUCCCGCGUUUAAGCUUCUGUUAUCUGGAUGAUAGCCGUUGCUAAGACUGUUCAGUCAGUUCUUCAGCUCGUGUUUGCAAGCAUCGAGCGUGUGUUUUUACGGUUGCAUCGCAUAUCCCCAAAAUCUGGUUGGUGGGGUAAAUUCUUCUAAUGCUUUGAAAAUGUUUCCAGGCCUGGCGUCAGCCGCUUUGGUAACGUUAAACAAUGGCUGAUGAAAGUUACAGGAUGGGGACGAUCUCGAGAACUCUCUGCUAGCAGUGCUAGGUAGACAUAUAUAGAGUGGCCCUGUCCCCAUGUUUCUUUCCCCAUCGUGACCAGCUGCAUCUCUUGUUAAAAAGAUCCUAAUUAUCUUCCAUCAUAAUCAUGAGUAAGCACUGAUCCAGUCUCGGUUGUGAUUAAUAAACUAACAUUCAUCAAGAAGAAGGUGCAAUGGAGGACGACAUGGUCGCAGGACCGGAGCUCGUCAAUGCUGUCGACCCGAAGCAUCAGCACCAGCACCAGGCCAACUACCAUGGUAAAUACGACGUCAUGGAUAUCAAAGGCCAUAUUGAACCCACGGAAGAAGAGCUUACAUCUCUUCCCCGUGUGGCAGGGUCAAUGCCAUGGGCAGCCUAUAUGCUCUGCGCUGUGGAGUUUGCAGAACGUGCUUCAUACUAUGGAUGCAAACAGGUUUUCAAGAACUUUAUCAGAGGCCCUCUCCCUGUAGGUGGUAACGGAGCUGGGGCACCACCUCGUGGAUCUCAAAAGACAGCGGGAGCAUUGGGAAAAGGUACUGUUAUUGCGUCUGCCAUGACGGAUGGGUUUACUAUGUUGGCAUACGGGUUGCCUGUGAGUACUCCAAAGUCACCGCUUCAUGACUACCGCUAAUUAAACCAAAGAUUUUCGGUGGCUGGCUCGCCGAUGCUAAGCUUGGACGAUUCAAAACGAUUUGCUUAGGAGUCUUUGUCUGCGGUGUUGUAAGUAACCUGAUUUCUAUCAUUUCAACCUGUAACUUGCAAGAACAAGCUGAUUCGUUCCCUCUCGCUAGUCGCACAUUAUUAUGGUAAUAUCUGCCGUCCCAAGUGUCAUCCAACAAGGGAAAGCCAUCGGUCCAUUUGCACUCAGUCUUUACAUGCUUGCUAUUGGAGCUGCUCUCUUCAAGGCAAAUAUUGCUCCAACAGUUCUCGAUCAAAACCCACAUACAAAACCACACGUUGUUACAAAGAAGAACGGCUCAAAGGUUAUCGUUGACCCUGAGGCGACAUCCGAGUCAAUCAUGUUAUGGUGAUUAUUAUCCGUUUUCUCCCUUUUGCUAGUAAGCUCGGAAUUCUAACUUGAAAAGGUUUUACCUACUGGUGAACGUUGGAGGAUUUUUUGGGGUUGCAACUUCAUAUCUCGCUAAAUAUGUUGGCUUCUGGAGCUCGUACUUAUUGCCAUGUAUCGUUUAUCUUAUGCUCCCACCUCUGCUAUAUUACGUCAAUUUCCGAUUGAUCAAGUUUCCGGCCGGAGGUUCAGGUAAGCUUUCUUCUUUUAUUCCCAAUCGGAUUUUCCCUGUAAGAGGGUGCUCUUUCCAACGUCUCUCUAUAUGUUUCAAUGCUCUGGAUAUUAUGUUUGAAUGACAAUGCUGACUCAACUCUUUUCUUUAAGCCCUUGGUAACUUCUGCAAGGUUAAUAUCCUUGCCUUGAGAAAAGCCGGUAUUCGUGGAUUUGGCCGAAAGGGUUUCUUCGAAAGAGCGAAGCCAUCCGUCUUGGCUGCUUCUGGAGACAAUAGAGUCGUUACAUGGGAUGAUCGAUUCGUCGAGGAUGUCCGCCGAACUAUGAGCGCCUGUGCUAUCUUCUUGUUUUUCCCAAUUCAACAGUAAGUACCCGCUCACUUUCGCAUUUGUUAUCAGCUUCUCACCCCGUUUUAGAAUCAAUGACGGUGGUUUGGGAGCAGCUGCCAAUGCUCAGUCAGCUGCGUUGACUACGAAUGGUACUCCCAAUGAUUUACUCGAAAACUUGAAUCCCUUAGCAAUCAUCAUUCUUAUUCCAAUUAUGAACCACGGUAUUUACCCGCUUUUAAGGAAGAUGGGCAUCAGAUUCGGUCCGAUCGCUCGUAUGACCUUUGGAUUCGUUGUUGCCGCUGUUGGAGCUUCAUCCUAUGCUGUGAUCCAGCAUUUUAUUUACAAAACCUCGCCCUGUGGAAAAUAUGCGUAAGUUGCCUCAGGUUCACUUUGAAAAAACAGAAUAAGACUGACCUCAUUACAGAAGCGAUUGUGAGAUUGGCAGUGGUGUAUCUUCCUUGUCCGUCUGGCUCUAUGGUAUCCCAACAAUCACAACCGCUUGCUCCGAAAUCUUCAUCAAUGUUACCGCCUAUGGAAUAGCUUACUCCCGAGCCCCCCAAAACAUGAAGGGCUUCGUUAUGGCUCUGAGUUUAUUUAUGCAAGCGUGAGUUCAAGCUGAAUUAUUCUUAAGUGGCUCCUUAAACCCAGCAACUAUCCUUUGCCCAAUUCCAGAAAUUCCUUGCAGGUACUGACUUUACCUAUCACUUAGUAUCACUACAGCCAUUUCUCUCGCAACAGCCAAUGCUAUCCAAGAUCCAUAUUUGGUUUGGGUUUUCGCUGUCCCAGCAAUCGUUGGUUUUAUUGCCGCUCCAAUCUUCUGGUUUUUGUUCAGAGAUCUAGAUAAGGAGGAUUUCUUCGUGGAUAUUGGGGAUACUUUGCCUUUGCCAUCGGCUACGAUCAAGGAUGAGGAGCAUAGCAGCAUUGAUGAGAAGAAGAGUAUCAUUGAUGAAAAGAAGAUUGGGAGUGGUAAUGUGAAGGAAAUCAAGGAAUGAGUAACACGUAGUUAGCUAAGCUAAUAGUGAUGGGCCUUAAUUGAUAAUUGUAAAAUAC